CUAAACAACAAAAACAACCAAAAAAAAAAAAUGGGUCUAAAGAAAACAAGUAGCAGCAAACAACAAACAGCAGCUUUGAAACAAUUGAUCAAAAGAUGUUCUAGCUUUGGAAAAAAUGAGAAUGGGUUCCCUCAUGAUGUUCCAAAAGGACAUUUUGUUGUCUAUGUUGGAGAAAAUAGAAGUAGAUAUAUAAUUCCUAUUUCUUGGUUAACAUAUCCUCAAUUUCAAAAUUUGCUUCAAAGAGCUGAAGAAGAAUUUGGAUUUAGUCAUGAUAUGGGCAUUACUAUUCCUUGUCAUGAACAUGAUUUUUGUUCACUUAUUUCAAUGUUUAGAUGAAAAAAUGUUCCAUCUUUUUUUUUAGUCUCUAUCAUAUGAUGAGAGAUUUUAAUUAAUUAGGUUAUUACUUAUUAUUAUUAUAAGUAAAUAGGUUUUAUUUCACUGACAAAAGGAUAUUCCCAUAUAUUAUAAACUCUUGUGGAGUUUUUUGGGUUUGUAUAUUUGGUUUUUCAUCUACUUUAUUGUUGUUAGUUUCAUCAGUGGUGUGGAUUCUGCACCCGUGGAAAUUAAAUCUCUUGUUUCUAUUGUUAUUAUUAUACAAA